AUGGCAGUUUCCUGGGUUGUUUUCUUCACUGCAUUUCCUGGAAUUUGUUUUGCUCUGUAUAAGUUUCGCUCUCAGGUGAGACCUGACCAAGUAGCUCCUGUGUAUGUCAUAAACCUGCUCAUCUCUGACCUGAUUCAAGUCUGUACCAAUCCAGUUAAAACAACUCUAUUGUAUUACUGUCUCUUGAAAGAUUUACUUUUUAGCAACCGAAUCUACUUAUUUGGUGUGCAGGUUAAUAUUUUCUUCAUGAUGUGUAUAUCUGCAGAGAGAUAUGUGAUGAUUGCUCAUGCUGUGUGGUACAGAAACAUCCAGAAUCUAGUGACCCAGCUCACCUAUAGCUUCUUAGUAGAAGAAACCAUUUCAGGAUAUGUCACAUGUGCCAUCUUGCUGGUCCCAUACCCCCUGGUGAUGUUCUUUUUUCUGGCAACAUGGAGGGCCCUGUCCAGGUCAUCAGUACCUCGUAAUGACCAGAUACGCAUCAGGGCUAUCUUGGGGCUCAUUCUGUGUAUUUACACCAUCUUAUUUAUACCUUUCAUCAUGCUAAUGAUAAUGACAAGAAACAGGGGGCAAACAUAA